CAGCCUGUUGCUGCCAAAUCAGCUGGCAUUUUCAAUUGAUAUCCUGAGCCAGGACUUUGUACCCGAAAUCCUGACCUUUAAACCCAGGUUUAUUGUCUUUAAUUAAUUUCCAAGACUGAGCUCAAGAGUUCCUUUUACGGUCAUGCGGACAACGGAGAAACUCUCAGGAAAUGCUCCCUGUUGAAACCCUCACCUCCCACUCUGCAGCCUGUGAUUUAACCUGCUAUUUUUUAGAAGGACUUUAAUUACGUUAGCCUACCUUCAUGCAUCAUGCGAGACUGCAGCAGCACAUGACGUAGAAGUUUGUUCACGAGUUGGUGAAUCUGCUGGGGGGGAAACUGCUCAGCCAGCUCCUCUGUCGGGGUCUCACCUGAUUCGCACGCCACUCCCAGCCGCCGGUGCGCAGCUCUUUCCGGGGGGCCCGAGGCGGCCAGAAUGGGGACACCGGGGGAUCUGCCUGCUUGGAAAGUGACGAUUUUCCUCUUUAAUUUAAUCUCAGCUGUUGUGGCCAAGAGACACAUCGUUUAUUGGAAUUCAACAAACACAAGGACAGAUCCAGCCCUUGGACUGGCCAUUCCUAACAACUAGCCAAUGAGCCGACGCUGAGUUGAAGGCAGAGGGAAUGCAUACCUGGGUUUAACGGUCUAUGUUGCCUAUCCAGCAUUGACCUUCACAUCAUGGAGAGAGACAAAAACACAGUGCAAGAAUGGGAAAGAGUGUCGACGGCAUCAGAAGGUUAACAGCAGGAGAUAUGUCCAUCCAGGUGAAUCUGAAUGACUACCUGGACAUCUACUGCCCUCACUACCCCAACAAGAGGCCCCAGGGCUCCGGGCAGCCCGAGGAGCUGGCCCUCUACCUGGUGGGGGAGGCCUCUUUCCAGGGCUGUGUGGAGACCAGAGGGGCCAUCAAGAGGUGGGAGUGUAACACCCCCUACGCUCCCUUUGGACCGGUGCGCUUCUCUGAGAAGAUCCAAAGGUUCACCCCCUUCUCGCUGGGGUUUGAGUUUCUGCCAGGGCGCCACUACUACUACAGCUCUCUACCGGCAGAUGAAGGCCCUCCUCUGCCAUGUAUGAAGUUACGUGUCACCGUGUGCUGUGAGCCCAAAAAAGCAUCAGAGGGUUCAAAACAAAUACAAGAAACUGAGGCUGUAACUAGUGCCUGCUACCUGAGGACAGCUUCCCCUCCCCUCCUCCUCACCCUCGUCCUCCUCCUGCUGACUACCUGACUUCCUCGUCCGUCCGCACCGCUGACCCGCACCCCCCGGCCCGGGAGAUACUACUCAGACGGUCAAUUUACACAACGCAUUCUCCGUUCGGACAGUGAAUGACGCAAUGUGUUCUAUGCCAAGUUGCUGCAGAUGACACAUUGUGGCUGGUUUACCUGUGAAAAGCCAGAUUUUUUUUCGUCUUUUUCUAGAACGGGGCCACAGUGACUCAGGGACUGAAACGCUGGAUCACAGUGAUUAAUUUCUUUCACCCUAAGUGUAUAGUAACACAGAAUAUUACACAUGGAGCUAUGAGACUCAUAACUCUGAUGCCAGAUAACAUUGAGUCUGUCAGGACACGUUCCAGACAAGUUUGUCCUCUACCGUUUUAGUUCAGUUCCUCAUGUUCUGCUUUUUGUGUUGUAUUUUCUUAUUUUUUGAGUACCUGCCUCAUGGUAAAAAGUGACCAAAUUAAAACACUACUGUACUGAAUGGCUCAGGUUGAGGUUAAAUCAGUUAGCUGGGGACUUUUAUUAUUUUCUUCAUAUUGUUAGACAUACAUAACUGACACAUUUUUUUAAGUUUAAGAAAAAGAUAAUUAAGAUCAAUUCAUCAACAAAUGUAUAGAUUUUGGAAAUAAAGGUAUUUAGGAGGAAAUUAGGAAUGAUUAGUCAACUGGGGCUGCUGCGCCCCCUACUGGGAUCAAACUGGUUUAACUGGAGUUGGACUGGGUUGGCCUUAAACUUAAACGUGAACCCUAUAUUGCGGUCCUGUGAGGUAACAAUGGGACCUGGGACAGAGUUAGUCCUCUUUGAUUGGACCCCAUGUUGUUCUCCUUCUCUACUCCUCUCUGCUUCAGAAUAUAGCACAGAACAGAGGGGUUUAUGGGUAAAGAGGGAGCAUCAGCGCGCCUUGCUCCACUGAACACGCUGCGGAGGCUGAUUUGUCGAUGCCCCCUGGUUUUUAUACAUCCUUGAUUUUAGGUUUAACUGUAUAGUUAAUAUAUUCUGCAAAAUUAAGAUGUAUUAACCGCACAAAAAAUAAGAGCGGAUCUCUGAUAUUCAAGUGCAGAAAUCGGACAAAAUGUAUAUUCUGGUAAAGGAUGUGUUGCGUUUGUUUUUUUCAUAUGCUGUCACUACAAUGUAGUUUCACAGGUAAAUUGAUAUCAUGUUAUUUUUGCCAAAUAUUUUUCUUUAAAUAAAUUGAUUGUCCUGGAUUAAGAAAAAGAUAUCAGAAAAAAACAUGUCUUUAAAAAUGUAAAUGAACAGCAUAGUUGUUUAUUUUUCUUUGAAAUUAAAUGAAUUUUAUAUAUUUAUAAAUUUACAUAAUUAUUCCCCCACAAUAUUUGAGUGACUUGAUGUCAGAAAAUGUAUAGGUAAUUGUUUUUUUGUUCUUAAAUGUUUUAUUCUAUCUUUAAACUACAUUGUUAGCACUUAAUAUAUGCUCCUCCAUGCUGUAAAUCACACCAGUCAUGCUAUUGUUUUUUUAAAUGUUAAUUUCCUAAAUGGGUGAUACAAGUUAUGUUUGAAUAUGUGUUAAAUAACUUCAGUGUAGGAUUUUACAAUCAUGUACAACUAGGAAUGUGUUUUUGAUAUCUUGUGACAUCUAAGUGUUUGUUUAACGUGUUCUUCUUUCACAUUUUAGUGAAGAAUGUAGCUUCUUCUGUGAAGAGCCAAUUGCAAUCUGAGCCUUUUUUUACGUGGCAAGACAACAAAAAUAAAUAUGGUUGCAUUUAAAGGC